AGUUUCUGACUGGUGGUUUCAAACUGCUGACCUUGUGGAUCGCAGCCCAGCGUGUGCCCACUGUGAUCUCCCCUGGGGGCUGUUGUGAAUACUGGGCGUACACUACCGGGUGGAGUCCUUGCUUUCAAGAUUCGAGGACACGGAGCCGGGAGUGGAUUUGAUGGGCCACAAGGCCGUUCUGUGUUUAGCCUGCUGAGGACCCCCCCUGACCCUGUUCUACAGAGUCUGUGCUGUUUUGCCUUUCCCCGGCACACACACUGACGGCUCCCCUACAGUGUCCAUUGCGCGUGAGCCCCAGGCUCAGGGCUUUCGGGACGUAACAUUUGUGGAGGAGGCUUCCCAGUUCCUGGCUCAGAGAGGGACACUGGUACAGGAACCUGGCCAAGCCACCCAGCAUGCCUACUGAGGAGGAAUUCAAACCCAGCAGUACUGGUGCCAGGUGCUGCCAGGAGUGCCCAGGCAGGGCUGACCAGACAAGGCACACUGUCCCAUGCCCAGGGUGGGCCUCGCAGUGGGGAAAGCUCUUGCCUCCCCCACAGGUCAGUCAGAGGGUCGGGAGAGAACAGGAAGCAUUGGGAGGCUCAGUCCUCUUGGGGGCUGACCAGAAGAAGUGGAACAAACGAAGACAAGAGUCCCCAACUAGGGGACUGUGCAAGCAUCCCAGAAUGUUUGAUUGCAAGAGGGCCUCCUCUGGGGCAGGACCAGGCACCGAUGGGGCAAGAGCACCCAGCCAGUCCUGGAGGAUGCCCACACUCCAAGCUUUGACCAUCAGUGGAUACGAGUAAGGGAGCGUGCACUUGGUGGGCAUGUCGUAUGCAGGCCAGGCUCCCUGGGUGGCACAGACACUUUGUGCUUGGCUGCUUAACCCCAAGGCUGGCCGUUUGAGCCCAGCCAGCAGCCCCAUGAGCCGCAGCGAUCUGCGGCCAAGCAAUCCCCAUGGGACUGAGUUCUACCCUCAGUCCUACUGUGUAACCCUCGAGUUGCUGUCAGCUGGGAUCGACUCCAAGGCAGCUGGUUUGGUUCUUGGUUGGGGCACACAGGUCCCAGGGUGCCUGCAACAGGGGCAGGAGCCCCUCCCUCUCCCCAGCAGAGCAGCCUAGCCUGAGGCAGGAGCAGGCAGGACAUGGUGCAUGGGCUGGCCCUCUCACCGUCCCCUAGGGAGGGUGGCUGAGUGCUCUCUGGCCUCCCUGCUGCAGAUACUCCAGGUCCCCGCUCCCCUGGAGCCAGCACGCAGGAGGGCUGCUACUCUGAGGCCAGGCUGGCUGGAGGAGGAUGCCCCAGCCACCCGGCCUCGCGCCCCUUCGGCACCAUGAGUGAGGAGCAGCGGCUGCCUGGCAGCGCAGUGGGCUGGCUAGUGUGUGGUGGCCUCUCCCUGCUGGCCAAUGCCUGGGGCAUCCUCAGCAUCGGCGCCAAGCAGAAGAAGUGGAAGCCACUGGAGUUCCUGCUGUGCACACUGGCGGCCACCCACAUGCUCAACGUGGCCGUGCCCAUCGCCACCUACGCCGUGGUGCAGCUGCGGCGCCAGCACCCCGACUACGAGUGGAACGAGGGCCUCUGCAAGGUCUUCGUCUCUACCUUCUACACCCUCACCCUGGCCACCUGCUUCUCCGUCACCUCCCUCUCGUACCACCGGAUGUGGAUGGUCCGCUGGCCUGUCAACUACCGGCUGAGCAACGCCAAGAAGCAGGCGGUGCACACAGUCAUGGGCAUCUGGAUGGUGUCCUUCAUCCUGUCGGCCCUGCCUGCCGUCGGCUGGCACGACACGAGCGAACGCUUCUACACCCAUGGCUGCCGCUUCAUCGUGGCCGAGAUCGGCCUGGGCUUUGGCGUCUGCUUCCUCCUGCUGGUGGGAGGCAGCGUGGCUAUGGGUGUGGUCUGCACCGCCAUCACCCUCUUCCAGACGCUGGUUCUGCAGGCCGGGCGCCGGGCCGACCACCGGGCCUUCACCGUGCCAGCCAUCGUGGUGGAGGACGCCCAGGGUAAGCGCCGCUCCUCCAUGGACGGCUCCGAGCCCGCCAAGACCUCGCUGCAGAUUACGGGCCUCGUGGCCACCGUCGUCCUCAUCUACGACUGCCUCAUGGGCUUCCCUGUGCUGGUGGUGAGCUUCAGCAGCCUGCGGGCAGAUGCCGCGGCGCCCUGGAUGGUCCUGUGUGUGCUGUGGUGUUCCGUGGCCCAGGCCCUGCUGCUGCCCGCCUUCCUCUGGGCCUGCGACCGCUACCGUGCUGACGUCAAGGCUGUCUGGGCGAAGUGCAUGGCCCUCAUGGCUAAUGAUGAGGAGUCAGAUGAUGAGUCCAGCCUGGAGGGUGGGGUGUCCCAGGACCUGGUAUUGGAGCGUUCUCUCGACUACAGCUACAGGACCGACUUUGUGGCCCUGGAUAGGAUGGCCAAGUACGAGCUUUCUGCACUGGAGGGAGGCCUGCCCCAGCUCUACCAGCUCCGGCCUCUGCCCGAGGACAAGAUGCAGUACCUGCAGGUGCCACCCACGCGGCGCUUCUCCCACGACGACGUGGACGUGUGGGCCUCCGUGCCCGCCUCGUGGGGCGAGCCUGGUGGCCUGCGCAUGGUCGGUGGCGGGGGCAGUGGCAGCACCAGCAGCUUCCUGAGCUCUCCCUCCGAGUCCUCGGGCUACGUCACGUUGCACUCGGACUCGCUGGGCUCAGCGUAUUAG